CAUUUCCUUUGAAGUUGAAAGACCUCACUAGAGGGCCAGGAUGACGUUAUGGUUCCUUGCAGUUUGUUUUACAGCCCUCCCAAAAUGGGUCUUCGCAGAAACUCAGCUUGCAGAAUCUGGGCCAGGAACGGCGAAACCUGGAAGUCAACUCAACCUAGUUUGCAAAGUCACAGGCUUCUCCAUCGGUCAUUCAUUAUAUGAAUGGCAUUGGGUCAGGCAGCCACGCGGGAAAGGUCUUGAAUGGCUCUCAGCCAUCAAUGCCAACAGUGGAAGCAAAUGGUAUGCCAAUUCUGUGAAAAGCCGUAUCACCACUUUGGCGGAUCGGUCCAGGAAUGAGUUCUCCCUCCAACUGAAUUCUCUCACAGCUGCAGACUCCUCUGUGUAUUUCUGUGCCCGAGAGCUCACAGUGUGA